AAAUUAUCGCUGUCUUCUGGACCCUUUCUUGCCCCAUACAUUCGGCUGUUGUUGGGGCGGGGACAACUAUUGUAAUUCUAUGUCAUGUUGGAAAUCGGAGCACGUGCUUUCUUUCCUGCUGUUUCUUCCGCGUACCACAUGGGCGCAGCUGUUUCUGCGCAGCGUUCGGCUCAGAGUUUCCGAAAGUUUCUGGUCCAGGUGAAGAUGGUCUCUACAGCACGGCAUCCUGUGAGCUUGAUCCUGCCAAGGCGUCGCUUUGAAGCUUCGGGAUGGACACCUUGCAGGCUAGGGCCAAACUGGUUUUGCAGCUCACAGCUGUAGCGCGGUGUCUCCAUCUUGAGAGCCUCAUUUUGCUCGGGUUGAGGUUUGCCUCAGAUGAAUUUUGCGGGAGCCCAAAGACAAAGGAGGAGACGCCCGUCACGACAGUGCGCUCCUGCCCUGCAAGCACUUGCAGGCGUCGAUUGCUGGAUGACUUUGGAUGCGCACCUUGCCAGCUGGGACUUAGAGUCAGACCUGCUGGGAUACUUCCUCAGCCGCUUCGACACGGACACCGUCACCCGGUUAUGCCAAGGCCUGUCGUGAACUGGAGAAAUGUGCCAGUCACAGUCGAGGCGGGGCACGGUACAGUGGAGGAGAGUGACGAAAGUGAAGAAAAGACCACAGAUGGCAAAGUGGACUCAGCACUGGACAGGGUCAAUGCGCUUAUGCUCCUGGUGUCAGCGUCCGUCAAUGAGGGCCGAUGUCCAGAAGCACACUGGGCAGAACUCAAUGCUGACCUCACUCAUGCGAAGGAGAAGUUAUCUCGCAUUCAGAGUCUCGUGCAAAAGCGCGCAGGAAAGCUCCCUCUUGGAGCACCUGAACGGCAUUUUUGCCGAGAGGUCCGUCGUAUUUGUGUCUCGCGGCGUAUUUGUGAGCCAAGGCGCUGAGUGUUGAAUGCGUAGGACUACGCGGGCAAACAGAAAAAUGCCCUAGGGAAGCGUUGCCAUCGAAGGCUGCAA